AUGAAGGGCGCCGCUGUGUUGGCGCUUGCUGCCACCGCCCUCGCAUCACCCCUCUCCAUCGCAACCAUCCACAGCGAUGCCGCCCCCGUUAUCUCCGCCACCAACGCAAAAGAGAUCCCGGACAGCUACAUCAUCAAGUUCAAGGACCAUGUCACCCAAGAGCUCGCCGCCGCUCAUCACGGCUGGGUCACGGACCGUCACACCGCUCUCCAGGUGCAGAAGACGGAGCUCCGCAAGAGAUCGGGAUUCGAGGGCAUGGAGUCUCUCUUCAACGGCCUGAAGCACACCUACAACAUCGCCGGCGGCUUCCUCGGCUACUCCGGUCACUUUGAUGAGGAUGUCAUUGAGGAGAUCCGCCGUCACCCGGACGUCGAGCUCAUCGAGAAGGACCAAGAAGUCCACACCUUGUCCUCCUCCCACGAGCCCGAGCUUGAGAAGAAUGCUCCCUGGGGUCUGGCCCGCAUCUCUCACCGUGACGGCCUCUCCUGGGGCACUGUCAACAAAUACCUCUACUCCGGCGACGGCGGUGAGGGCGUUGAUGUUUACGUGAUUGACACCGGAACUUACACCGGCCACGUCGACUUCGAAGGCCGUGCGCACUGGCACGCCACCAUCCCCGACGGCGAUGAGGACAAGGAUGGCAACGGGCAUGGCACCCACUGUUCCGGCACUAUCGCUGGCAAGAAGUACGGUGUUGCGAAAAAGGCCAACGUCUACGCCAUCAAGGUCCUGCGCUCCAACGGCUCUGGCACCAUGUCGGAUGUGGUCAAGGGCGUCGAAGAGGCCUUGAACGCACACAAGAAGCAGGUUUCCAAGGCCAAGGACGGAAAGAGGAAGGGCUUCAAGGGCUCUACCGCCAACAUGUCCCUUGGAGGUGGCAAGUCUCAGCUCCUCGACGAUGCGGUCAAUGCUGCCGUUGAAGGUGGCAUUCACUUUGCCGUCGCCGCUGGCAAUGACAACGCAGACUCCUGCUCAUACUCCCCGGCCGCUGCCAAGAAAGCCGUCACUGUUGGCGCCUCCACCCUUCUCGAUGAGCGUGCGUACUUCUCCAACUUUGGCCCGUGCAACGAUAUCUUCGCCCCCGGCUUGAACAUCAUGUCCACCUGGAUCGGCAGCAAAUACGCCGUCAACACCAUCUCUGGCACCUCGAUGGCUUCCCCUCACAUUGCCGGUCUUCUGGCCUACAUGCUGUCCCUGCAGCCAUCUAAGGAUUCCGCCUACGCCCUUGCCGACAUUACCCCGAAGAAGCUCAAGGCCAACUUGAUCUCCAUCGGCACGGUCGGUGCACUGAGCGAGGUGCCGUCCGACACUGACAACAUCCUGGCCUGGAACGGUGGUGGGGAGUCCAACUACAGCUCCAUCAUCGAAAAGGGCAGCUACACCGCCGCCACGCAGGGUGUCACCAUUGAGAUGGUCCAGGAGGAGAUCAUGAACGACGCCGAGAAGGUGGCGGAAGAGGCUCGUUACCUCACCAAGAAGAUUGAGCAGUUUGUGUCCGAGGAGAUCGCGCAGGCUCUUCGAGAGUUGAGCGAGGCUUAA